GUCAUGUCAUGUAUCAUGUGAUCUGUUUGACCGACCAGGGCGACAUUUUCGGGGCUGUGGGUCGGAAAAACGACGGCAAAAACCGAAAACCAUGGCGAUGCAGGAAUUAUACUUCAACAUUGACAACGGGUACUUGGAGGGACUGGUGCGGGGGUUCAAGGGAGGGAUUUUGAGGCGGACAGACUACGCGAAUCUCGUACAGUGCGAAACUCUAGAAGAUCUCAAGCUGCACCUGGCGAGUACGGAUUACGGCAACUUCCUGGCCAAUGAGCCGUCUCCGCUGACCGUGAACGUGAUUGACGACAAGUUGAAGGAGAAGAUGGUGAUUGAGUUCCAGCACAUGCGCAACCAGUCUGUGGAGCCACUCUGUACAUUCAUGGACUUUAUCACGUACAGCUAUAUGAUAGACAACAUCGUGUUGCUCAUCACUGGGACACUCCACCAGCGACCAAUCAGUGAGCUCAUCACAAAAUGUCAUCCUCUGGGUAGUUUUGAGCAGAUGGAGGCGAUCCAUGUUGCGGCCACGCCCGCUGAGCUGUAUAACGCCAUCCUCAUCGACACACCUUUAGCUCCAUUCUUCGUGGACUGCAUCUCUGAGCAGGAUUUAGAUGAGUUGAACAUUGAGAUCAUCAGAAACACCCUGUACAAGGCUUACUUGGAGGCCUUCUAUGAGUUCUGCAGUCAGCUGGGUGGGACGACAUCUGAGUUCAUGUGCAGAGCUCUAGAGUUUGAAGCGGACCGACGAGCUUUCAUUAUCACCAUUAACUCCUUUGGGACGGAGCUGACCAAAGAUGACCGCUCCAAGCUGUACCCUCGCUGUGGCAAGCUUCACCCGGACGGACUGGCCGCACUGGCUCGAGCAGACGACUAUGACCAGGUCCGAGCAGUGGCAGAGUACUAUGGAGAGUACAAGCCACUCUUCGAGGGAGCAGGAAAUAAUCCUGGGGACAAGACUCUAGAGGACAAGUUCUUUGAGCAUGAGGUUGAACUGAACGUGAACGCCUUCAUGCAGCAGUUCCACUUCGGUGUUUUCUACGCCUACAUUAAACUCAAGGAGCAGGAAUGUCGUAACAUCGUGUGGAUUGCCGAGUGUGUGGCUCAGAGACACAGGACCAAGAUCGACAACUACAUCCCCAUCCUGUAGAUACAAACACAAGGGCUGCACGUACAAUGUAGCACUACCUAAAUGUAACAUCAAGUGCAGGCACAUAUACCGGUACAGACGUUUAGGUACAGUGUGUGUACCUGAACAAUUCUAUUCAUACUAAACUGGACCAUUUGGAUUUUUUCAUGUUGAAUUCCUCGUAACCUACAAUAGUCUAGCUGUCCCUGAAAAAUCUGUUGAUCUCUGUGCAGCCCUACCAAACAUACUUAUCAAGACUAAAACACACACUCAACUGAAUGGAGAUGGGGUUGUGAUAAACUUGUCUUGGGCUGAGACUGGAUCUGCAUGUAUGGUCAAAAGUCCUUGUGAAAAUAACAGCAGCUACAUCCUGCUGCUAAAAUUGUAGUUUGUCCAUUGAAAACUAUGGUAAGUCACUUGUAUUAAGAGGGACAUACUGUACAUGUAUCUCAUUGUGAUGUAAGUGAAGUCAGGUGUAUAGCAUAAAUACAUUGUAAGUCCUUGUAAUUUGUAAUGUGUGAUAUUGAAACCUCUUACAUGACAUUGUAUAUUUGGUUCAAACCUUUUAUUUUGAUCACAACUGCUUUGUUGUUGACCUGAUGAUUGAUGUUAUUGGACAGUCUCACAAGGAUGUCUUUCUUCUGAAUGCUUCUGUAGAAAGCAAUUUCAGACACAAGAAUGACCCUCUGCAAGACACUAGCAGAGAAGAAAUGUGUGACUGUACCAUUGAGAGGAGUCUUUAUUUCUAUUAUCUAUUAGUAAGAAAAGAGGAAGUAAGAAAAGGUACUACAUGUAUGGUAUAUAAUGAGUGUAUAUUAAUAAUUAAUAACUGAUUAAUAAUUAUUAUGAUAACGGUGUGAAAUUAGAAUGAACAGCUCUAGAAUGUAAAUGUUUUCCUAAUGGUAGUUGUGAAUCUGGGGUAAGCAGCAUGUGGACAUGAUACAUUCCUAUAGUAUAGGGACAAGGCUUUGAAUUGACUCUUACAAGUCCUACAUUGUACAUGUAGGCUUUCAACAGGUUCAGACAAGACAAUGAAGAUAACUUGUUCCUCAGUGAAUAUCACUAGACAUUGUACAGGUAUGUUGGAAAUGGUCCUAAUUUAAAGACUAUUUAAAACAUCCAAAGUUAUUUCGGGGCAGCAAAACUGGGUUUUGAAAGUCAAUUUUCUGGUAAUCCUUUUGAUGUGGUAAGUAGAAUCAGAAAUGCCAGAAAAUGGUUGCCUAAUGUUUUGUAUUGUAGGCCGGUUCUAGCUACAUGUACAUGUAUUCUAGCUACAUGUACAUGUACUAAAAAAUAAAGGGACUCCUCACAUAGCCUGUUUUGCAGCUGUUUCAAACUCUUAAGUAUGAAAAUGUACGAAGAAUUGGCAGUAGAUAUCAGAUAGAGAUUUCCUCGUCAAGAAUAUUUUCUGUUUUGCCACCCUGAAAUAAGCCUUUAGUUAGUAUCAGCCUUUUUA